AAGAAGCAACUUGAAGAUCACAGAGGGCUGGCUGAGAGUCCUGCCGACGGUUUUACCCAGCUUUGAGCCUUCUACCUCCUUUUCACAAUGGUUGCCUGUAUGAAGCCCUGGCCUCUUGUGAUCGCCGUGACCCUGUGCAUCUUGUUCUGCCUGGGAACCUUGGUGGAUGCCUACCCUCCAAAGCCAGAAAGUCCUGGCCCAAAUGCUUCCGAUGAUGAAAUGGCCAAAUACUUUGCGGAUCUUCGGCAUUACAUUAACUUGGUGACAAGGCAGAGAUAUGGCAAAAGAUCCAGCCCAGAGGCCUUGAUGUCAGAUCUUAUUUUUGGAGAUAGCAGCAGCAGCAGCAGCAGCAACAGCGACCACAAUGGCAGAUCACGGUUUGAUGAUUCCUACAUGUGGUGAUGACCGUCCCGCUCCUUCCUCGAUGGUCCACCGGUUGCCUCUUUUUAAACGUUCCAAUCCUGUUGUGUCAUUUUGCAUUUUUUAAAAAAUCAAGCCUUGAAGGGCUGAACCUUUUCUUUAAACUGAGCCUGUCCUUUCCCCUCCACCAUUUUCUCUUGGGUACUGAGGCUUGAAAGAAUUUCUCUGGGGUGUCCGUCCCCCCCGCCCCCUGCAAUAGCAUUACAACAAGGCCAGGCCUCUUUCUUCCUGCAAGCCAGCAGAGAGGGCACAGCAGAAGAUCUUUGCACCUGGGGCAAGGUGGGGUGUGUGUGUGUGUGUGUCUUUGGUGGUGGCCUAGGUUGUAUUUGUAGUGACGUCUGUGUUGACUCACCAGUGCAAGACCCCACUAUGCCCACUCCGAGCCAAUCUUUGUUUAUACAUCAUUUUAUGUGUGUGCGUGCAUGUGUGUGAGCAUGAGUGAGCGUAUGUGUAAAUGUAUGUGUUUUCAAUGAAUUCUCUCUGCAUCCACAAUAAAAAGCAAAUUUA